AGGGUUACUAUACUAUAGAAUAAAAAAUUUAUUACAAGGAGAUGAUGUAUCAAUUAUUUCAUGGGGACUUAUCACAAUUUCUGAGGUUAUUUUCACUAUAAUAUGGUUAGUUACACAAUCCUUCCGUUGGCGCCCGGUAGCUCGGUCCGUCAUGCCGGAAAAUCUUCCGGCUGAUUCCGAGUUACCGGGCGUCGACGUGUUUAUAUGCACGGCUGAUCCUACUAAGGAACCGGUUCUUGAGGUUAUGAACACGGUUUUAUCGGCUAUGUCACUCGAUUAUCCACCGGAAAAACUCUCCGUUUAUCUCUCUGAUGACGGUGGCGCCACCGUGACGUUGUAUGCUAUUAAGGAGGCAUGUGGAUUUGCUAGGGUUUGGGUUCCUUUUUGUAGAAAGUAUGGAGUGAAGACUAUUUGUCCAGAUGCAUUUUUCUCUUCUUUUGGUGAUGAUGAACGUUUGAUACUGAGAGGAAAUGAAUUCAAGAAUGAAGAGGAAAAUAUUAAGGUAAUUUUCUUUAACCCUUUUUAUUUGGAUGAUAAGAUGUUCCACUAUUACCCUAAAGAAAUAGACGUUCAGUCUGAAUCAAUCCCAAAAGUUAGUAUACAAGGUAAUUAG